CGCGUCUUUCAAAGCGGCAUAUCCAUCGGUAAACCUUUCUCUGUGAGCGAUGCCGCGCGAGAUCAUCACUCUGCAAGCGGGCCAAUGCGGCAACCAGAUCGGCAUGGAGUUCUGGAAGCAGCUAUGCGUGGAGCACGGCAUCUCAGCCGACGGUAUCGUGCAGGACUUUGCCACGUCGGGCAACGACCGCAAGGACGUUUUCUUCUAUCAGGCUGACGACGAGCAUUACAUCCCCCGAGCGCUGCUCAUGGACCUGGAACCGCGCGUUAUCAACAGUAUUAGCACGUCAACCUUUAGGAACUUAUACAACCCAGAGAACUUCUUCGUUUCCAAGGAGGGAGGCGGUGCAGGAAACAACUGGGCGUCCGGAUAUCACCAAGGAGAGGAACAUCAUGACCAGCUAAUGGAGAUGAUCGACCGAGAAGCUGACGGCUCAGACAGUCUUGAGGGCUUCGUGCUGUGUCACUCUAUUGCUGGAGGCACGGGCUCCGGUAUGGGCUCGUACCUACUGGAGAAUCUCAAUGACCACUUCCCCAAGAAGCUCAUCCAGACGUACUCAGUCUUCCCUAACCAGUCGGAUUUCCAGAGUGACGUGGUGGUGCAGCCAUACAACUCUCUACUGACAAUGAAGAGAUUGGUGCUCAAUGCAGACUCUGUGGUUGUACUGGACAACACAGCAUUGAACAGGAUCGCAGUGGAGAGACUGCGAGUCGAGAACCCCACGGUCUCCCAGUUGAAUUCGUUGGUGUCUACCGUCAUGGCUGCCAGCACAACGACGCUGAGAUAUCCUGGGUAUAUGAACAACGACCUCAUUGGUCUAGUAGCGUCGCUAAUUCCGACCCCACGCUGCCACUUUUUGAUGACCGGGUACACCCCAUUAACAAUCGAUGCACAAGUGUCAGCAGUGAGAAAGACGACGGUACUGGACGUGAUGCGACGUCUACUACAGCCCAAGAACAUCAUGGUAAGCACGUCGACCAAGACGGGCUGUUACAUCUCGAUUCUGAACAUUAUUCAGGGAGAUGUGGACCCCACUCAAGUGCACAAGUCGCUGCAGCGUAUUCGUGAACGCAAGCUGGCUCGAUUUAUUCCGUGGGGCCCUGCAUCGAUCCAAGUGGCGUUGUCGCGCAAGUCUCCGUACGUGGAGACUGCACACAAAGUGAAUGGCCUUAUGUUGGCCAACCACACGAGCAUCGGCGCAUUGUUCCACAAGCUACUACUGCAGUAUGACCGCCUUAAGAAACAUGGAGCUUUCAUUGAGAACUACCGGAAGGAGCCAAUGUUCGCGGAAAACCUGGACGAGUUCGACAAUGCACGUGAAGUGGUGCAGAAUUUGGUGGACGAGUACAAGGCCAGCGAACGCGCCGACUACGCCACGUGGGGACAGCCACCAGCCAGCAGCGCUAUGGAAGACGUCCGUAUGUCCCAUUAGAUAGCGCGUUUCUAACCCAUUUCUAAGUAGGACCACUGUGGUCUAUUUAACGUUUCCACUUAUUCUUCUUAUGUCAGUA